AGAAGGGAGACGUAGUCCAAAUCAUGAUCGUCCUAACAUGUCGACUACUGGAAAAGCAAAGCUGAACAUUGUGCUGUGUGGAAAUAAUUCAGCACUCAACAACUCAGUGUCUAAAAUGUUUAGAGGCAAAACAAGUAAAUCUCAGAAAGAGAUGAGUAAAGUGUGUCAGAAGAGAGAGGGAACGAUUCAUGGACGGCAGAUCAGUGUAAUCGAGCUUCCAGCUCUCACUCGACUCUCAGAGGAAGAAGUGAUGCGGGAGACGCUCCACUGUCUGUAUCUCUGUGAUCCUGGAGUUCAUCAUUUCAUCCUUGUCACUCCUGUCAGUCCACUUACUAAUGAAGACAAAGCAGAAAUGGAGAAGAUUAAAGAAAUUUUUAACUCACUAGAGCACUUCAUGGUGCUUUUCAUUACUGAACUCACUGCUGACAAACGUGUGUCAGAUUUUGUGAAAUCCACAGAAUCUCAGCAUGUUGUGAGUCUCUAUGGGAGUUUGCACACUGUGAUGGGGUUAAAGGACCAGAAAAACUCAGAAAAGAUCUCAGAUCUGUUUGAUUGUAUAGAGAACAUGAAGAUCGAACCCUAUUCUCUUCAGAUGCAUAUAAGAGCUUCAGAGAAGAGAGUCAGACAUGAACUAGAGGAGAAACUGAGAGUGAAAGAUGAUGAAAUCAAAGAAUUACAGCAGAAGAUCAAGACACCGGAUUCAAAAGAAAGAGAAGAUGAACUGAGGAUUGUGCUGCUGGGAAAAACUGGAGUUGGGAAGAGUUCAACUGGAAACACCAUUUUAGGAAGAAAAGCAUUUUUAUCAGACAUUUGUCAAACAUUUAUUCCUAAAGUGUGUCAGAGAGAGACAGCUGUAAUCAACGGCAGAUACAUUACUGUGAUCGACACUCCAGGACUGUUUGAUACUGAACUCACUAAUGAGGAGAUCCAGAGAGAAAUGAGUAACUGCAUCUCCAUGAUUCUGCCUGGACCACAUGUGUUCAUCACUGUGAUCAGUUUAGGACAAAGAUUCACUCAAGAAGAACAAACAGCAGUGAAGAUCAUCCAAGAGACGUUUGGUGAAAACUCUUUAAUGUUCACCAUGGUGCUCUUCACCAGAGGAGAUGAUCUGAAUGACAAAACCAUAGAACAGUGUUUGGGGAAAUCUGGAUCUGCUCUAAAUCAGCUGAUUGAAUCGUGUGGAAACAGAUUCCAUGUGUUCAAUAAUAAAGAGACCAGAGACCAAACACAGGUGACUGAUCUACUGCAGAAGAUAGACAACAUGGUGAAAACAAACGGAGGGAGUUACUACUCAUGUAAGAUGUUCAGAGAGAUGGAAAGACAAACACAAGAACAACAGAAGAACAUAUUGAUGGAGAGAGUGGAGCAACUGAACAGAGAAAGAGAAGAACUGAUGAACAAACAUGAAGAAGAGCAAAAGAAGAUGAAGAUGAUGAUGGAGGAAGAAAGACAGAAUCACGAGAAAGAGAGAAAGAGAACAGAAGAAGAAUUUAAAGAAAGAGAGGAACGAUAUAAAAGAGACAUUAAAGAAAGAGACGAACAAGAGAGAAAGAUACGAGAGGAGAUGAAGAGAGAACGAGAGGAAUGGGAGAAACAGAAACAGCUGGAACGACGAAGAAGAGAAGAAGAGGAGGAGAAAUGGAGAAAGAGAGAACAGGCGAU